CUUCUCCCAUCAACGAACACGACCAAGUAUUGGGGUUUGCCAAAUGGACCGAUUGGUGACGGUGCUGCUGGCCGCUGGUCUGGGAAGUGCCGCCCUUGCGCUCCUGCGACGGCAGGGGCGCCGCACGAAAAAGACGCGCGUGGCUCUGGUGGACAACGGCUCAUUAAAACCUGAGGCGACCAAAUCGCUCCGGCGCUUGGCUGCUGCCUUGUCGGAACGCUCAAAGCUGCAGGUGGAUGCGGUGUCUGCUCGCUUCGCUGACAGAAUCAAGGCAAAAGACUUGGAUGGGAAGAAGGGUGAGGUCUUAGAGGGCUGGUUCAAGCGCAUCCAUGAAGAGGACCCGCAAACUGAGGUGCGUUUGCUGCCUUUGCUCAUCGGACCCAGCGACACCUUGACAAAAGCAAUGCCAGAGUCAGCUAAGAAAGUGAGUGCGCUGCAGGUGGAGAUCGCGCCUCCUUUGGUGAGUCUGUGCCCAGCGCUUUUUGGUGGCCAGGAGAGUGGCGCUCUUCAGCUUGCUGAGAUGCUGCGCUCACGUCUUGAGGAAAUUGAUUUGGGGCCUGAAGAUACAGUGCUGCUUUGUGACCACGGCUCUCCGGUGCAGCGCGUGGCCAAUGCAAAAAUGGCUGUGCGAGAGGCUUUGGCAACUGCCAUUGGUCGCGAAGUUGUAAGCUGCUGCAUGGAGCGCCGAGAAGGGGAGGCUUAUGAUUUCAAUGGAGAACUUCUGCAGACGGUGCUUUUGGCCCUGCCUCAUGGAGCUAUAGCGAAGGUAGCCUUGCUUUUCCUCCAGGAAGGGCGUCAUGCUGGACCCGGUGGAGACAUAGAGCAAAUCGUGGCGGGAGCGAUGGAGAAACGCCCCGAUUUGUCAAUCAGAACCACAUCAGUGCUUGCAGGCCAUAGUUUGCUGGAGGAUCUUCUGCUGAAGCGGCUUGAACAAAGCAUUCCUUUGCGAGUGUUCCACUGAUGUUGACAACUUAGAAGCACUGAAAAGGCCGAAAAGGCCUUUUGUCUUAGCCAGGCUUCAACGUGCCUGCAGUCAAACGUGCCAGAUUCUUCGCUCCUUCUUGGAUACUUUCUGUCUCGGCCAAAUCCAAUGUGCAGAGUUUUCGAUCCAAAAUUUUCAAUGCGAAGCGAUAAUUCCAAAGGCCAAAGGCCUAUGGACCUUAAACUUUGCCUUAAACGAAAGGAAUGAGCCACCUGGGCAGGUUGUGUGUUUCCUAUGAAGUAACGUGAAGCAGGAUGAAAGAAUACAAUUAUCCUGAUCAAACGUAUGCGUCAGGCGGUUGCCAGUCUGUGAGUUUGAAGCAAUGUCAAAAAUUAAACAAGACGUUCAACAAGACUUGCUACAAGACCUGCAAGGAUGGCAGGGUGGCAAGCUCUCGCAUAUCACUGACUGAAGCUUGGUGGAGUUUAUUCAUCGAUGCAUGGCAUGCUUGCACGAGUGCCACGCAUAUUCUAUGCAUUCGAGACUAAGCAGAGUGACGAUAACCUGUGUUUUAAAAAACAGGGCAAAACUUGAAGGGAGGAGAAAGGACGGAGCAGAAGCAAUUAAGGAGGAGAAGAAUGACAAGCAAUACUGAAAGUAGC